CAAAUUGACUUGUCCUUAUGUGAACGGGAGCCAGAAAACCUUGAGAAUUUCGAACAAAACAGUGGCUUCUCUCUUGACACGGACAUGCCACAGGAGAAAAUGGAACUAGAUUUGGAGGUGCAGCUGAGUUCAACCACCACAGACGGCAACUUCCUGAGAAGAUCCAACAGCGCCCCUGUGAUCAAUGGGCUUGGUGACAAUUCACAGAUGUUCCAAGCUGAUACUCUAAGAACCAGAAGCAAUAGUAUAACAUCUAUCACACAGCACUGUCUGGUCAAUGAGGCCAUAGAAGAAUCUAAGUCUGUGAUUGACAUGAUCAGAUUGGCAUUUUUAAAAGAUUACCCUGGCUGUAGAGUGGAAGAUGGAUUGGAAGAGGGCAAAAGUAGAUCCAAAAAGAUCAGAUAG